AUGCGUUUUAUUACAAUUGCAGCAGUUCUUCUUGUUUCUAGCCUUCUUAUUGUUGAGGCAUCUUCAAUUCGUGAUAAACGUCAAUCAUGUGGUUGUGCUUCACAAGUUCAACCAAGUUGUUCAUGCCAACAAGCAACUCAACCACAACAGUACAGUUGUUCGUGUCAGAACACUGCUCCAGUCCAGACAUCCUGCUCAUGUGCCCAACCAGUUCAGCAAGUAACUUACCAAGUGCAAACUUCUCAAUGUGCUCCAGCUUGUCAGCAGUCUUGCCAGAACCAAUGUCAAUUUGCUCCAUCUAUGAAUGAGUGUCAAUCUUCAUGCCAGCAGACUUGUCAGACGUCUUCCUGUUAUACUCAAAUAGCUGCUCCAGCUCCAGUCCAAUGUCAACCAUCUUGCAUGCCAGCCUGUGAACAAUCCUGUGUUGCUCCAGCUCCAGUCACAGUCCAGUGUGUUCCACAAUGCCAACAAAAGUGCACUCAACAAUGUGUUCAAGCUCAACCAAUUCAACAAUGUCAACCACAAUGUCAGCAGCAAUGUGUUCAACAAUGUGCUCCAACUGUUGCUCCACAAGUCAUCAAUGUCAACUUGGGAAUCUCUGCUCAAUGUGCUCCACAAUGCCAACAACAGUGUCAACAACAAUGUCUUCUACAACAAGUUCCAGUUCAACAGUGCUAUCAGGAAUGUACUCAACCAUGCCAGACAACCUGUCAGCAAGCAGCUCCACAAUGCGUACAACAGUGUGCUCCUCAAUGCCAACAGCCAUCAGCUCCACAGUGCCAGCAGUGCCAGAAUACUUGCCAGCAGUAUGCUCCAGUUUGCCAGCAACAGUGUGCUCCACAAUGCACACUUCCAUCUGCACCAGCUUGCCAACAAUGUCAAACUUCGUGCCAACAGACUCAACAGUGCCAACAACAAUGUAUUCCACAAUGUCAGCAACCAGCUGCUCCACAAUGUCAGCAAUGCCAAUCAGCAUGCCAAUCUCCAGUUGUUGCUCCACAAAUUGUGACUGUCAUCCUAGAACCUUCAGUUUCUCAAUCUGCUCAAUGUGUUCCACAAUGCCAACAAUCAUGCCAACAACAAUGCAUUCAACAACAACAACCAAUGCAGCAAUGUGCUCCAGCAUGCACCCAAUCAUGCUAUCAAUCGUGCUCUACUGCUCAACUAGUCCAGAUGCCAUGCCUCACUCAAUCAGUCAACUCCUGCUCUUGCCAGCAAAACUAUUCUCCGUGUGGAAAUGGACAAUGUUGCAAGAGAAUGUAG